AUGAUUUUUGCCCCUACAGAAGUCAUUGUGGCAUCAAAAAUAGCAAUCAUCAUCAUCAUAGUUAAUGAUACCAAAGGCCUGAGAGGACAGAAAUGGCACUCAAAACACCAAACAAGAAGAGGAAGAAGGGGCCGGCCUUCCAGUGACAGUGACGCAAGAUGGCAGCCACCACAGGCUCCGACAAUUUGUGAAAACCAAAUAUACAGCCUUAAAAUAGAAUGUGGACCUAAAUACCCAGAAGCAUCUCCCUUUGUAAGAUUUGUAACAAAAAUUAAUAUGAAUGGAGUUAAUAGUUCUAAUGGAGUGGUGGACCCAAGAGCCAUAUCAGUGCUAGCAAAAUGGCAGAAUUCGUACAGCAUCAAAGUUGUCCUGCAAGAGCUCUGGCACCUAAUGAUGUCUAAAAUCAUGAAACUCCCUCAGCCUCCUGAAGGACAGUGUUACAGCAAUUAAUCAAAAAGAGAAACCACACGCCCUCCCCCUCCCCCCGAUUUGAUUUAAGCAGUCAUUUUCCACAGUAGUACAUUUUCUAGAUACGUCUUGUAGACCUCAAAGUACUGGAAAAGAAGCUCCCA